AAGACAAGCAGCAGCAGAUACAUUAAUUAAAGUAACAAAUAGUUCUGUCGGGGCAGUGACAGAGAGAGAGAGAAUUUGGUUGGGGGAGAUGGAAGGCGUAGGGUCGAGAUUGAGCCGAACGUCAUCGAGAUACAGUGGUCCGGCUGCGACGGCGGUUUUCAGCGGCCGUGUAAGGAAGUGGAAGAAGAAGUGGGUACGUGUCUCCACGUCACCAGUCGGCGUUUUCCGAGCAUCUAAAUCCAACGGUCGUAGCAACAAUAACAACAACAGCAGCAGCAAUUCUCCACACCAUCUGCUUCUCCAUAAGUGGACCCCACUUCCCUCUGACGCUAACGGUUCCGGUGAGACGGAGGAGCCGCCUAAACGAAGAUUCAGAUACGCUCCAAUUGCGAUGUUUGAGCAUAGGGAGAGAGUGGGUGCUAAGGAUUCUGAGGUUGAAGCGGAAGAGACUGACGAAUUCGACAAUGAUUCUCCAUUGCCUAAAGCCGUUGGUCUGGACAUGAACUUAACUGACUCAGACCAAACUAAGGAGGCAAAAACUCGUCACUUGAAACUGGGACUGUGUCUUAAUUCUGAAGGGACGGAAGAAGAAUGAAAAGAUAAAUCAUGCUAAACUGAGGGAUGAAUCAACUCAGGAUUUGGUGUUGUUGUAGCUACCUACUACCAUGUCUCAUAGUUUAACUCUUAUAGUAUCCUUCUGGAUCUGUAUCUUGUUGUAGUAGUGUAUCUCUAGUUAGAAGAAGCUAUAUGUGUAUGAUCAAAAAGCCUGUCUCCAUCAGAAUCAAAAUCAAAAUCAUAUCAUCCUA